UUGCGCGCUCCCGACGCCAACGAGCACGAGCCGAAUCGUUCCGCCACAUCCAGAGCAAGAACCAGGAAGUGAAAGUAUACACAUGGAGGGUGUGUCUUUCUCUGCCACUGAAUGUUUUAUUUUUAAAAACACAGUCCUCCUCGGAUAAAUAAUGGGGGACUCGGCGAGGGCCAAGCGGCGGGAGCAGCUGAAGCGCUGGGCCGGCUCCUUCACCGACAAAGCGUCGGCCGUGGCCAGGCGGAGGUGGCGGGGCGAUGCCGAGAACGGAGCAGGGGAACCGGAGGCCGAGCUCAGCGAGCCACCGACGGACCAGCCAGUGUCUGUGGGCAGAGAUGAAACCAGCCCCCUCCUCAAACGACGGAAAAGGGUAAGGUUUGACAGGGCUGCAGAGUUCCUGGCUGCCUGUGCCAGCGGGGACACAGAGGAGGCCCAGGCGAUGCUGAAGGAGGCCAAAGAGACCAAAAUGACAAACGGGGAAGAUGUAGCAGAAAUUAUCAACUGUUCCAAUGCAGAUGGUAUCACUGCUCUCCACCAGGCCUGCAUAGAUGGGAGCAUGGAGAUUGUGUCCUUCCUUUUGGAGCGUAAUGCCAAUGUGAACCAGGUUGACAGUGAGGGAUGGACGCCGCUGCAUGUUGCUGCCUCCUGCGGUUACCGGGACAUUGUAGAUUUCCUUUUGCAGCGAGGUGCGUCUCUCUCUGCUGUGAACUGCGAUGGUGACGUUCCUCUGGACAUUGCUCUGGAUGAGUCCACUGAGUCCCUUCUCCAGGAUUACACCCUGAGACAAGGUGUGGACUUGGAGGCAGCCAAGCGGCUGGAGGAGGAGCAGAUCAUGACAGACGCCCGAACCUGGCUGAAUGAGGGUCUUCCCGCUGAUGUACGACACCCCAGGACCGGGGCCACCCCCCUGCAUGUGGCUGCUGCCAAAGGCUACCUAGAGGCCCUCAAGAUACUGUGUCAGUGUGGGCUGGAUGUGUCAGCUGUGGACUUUGAUGGCUGGACGCCUCUCCAUGCUGCAGCACACUGGGGUCAGGGGGAAGCCUGUCGAAUUCUGGCUGAACAGCUGUGCAAUAUGGAGGCCCGCAGCAACGCGGGUCAGACACCGUUCGACGUAGCUGAUGAAAGCGUUGAGGAGCUCCUGGAGGAGUUAUCACAGAAACAGGCCAAUUGGCGUAAUGAACAGUCCAUAUUGGACAGGCAAAACCAACAAGGCUCCACAGCUGCAAACGCACAAAACAAGCGGCGCCGGAGCUCAGUGUGCAGGAUGAGCAGUAAAGACAAGAUGAACGUGCAGGACCAGUCUAAAGAGCGGGGUGUUUCGGGAGGCCUGGAGCUGAGUGAGGAGAAAGAGAGCAGCCCCGAUGUUGGUUCUAUUUUCCCAGAAAGCUCUACUGUAUCCAGUCCAGACACUGAGAGUGUGACCACAUCCACAAUCAGCCCUGCUGACAAGACACCAGAGGAGAAAGAUGAGGAGGAGAAGGAGCAGGACAAGGCAAAUCGCACUGCCAGAGUCCAACCCACUCCUCAGAUGAGGGAUGCUGCGGCUGAGAGCCCCAACACCCCCAAUGCUGACAGGCGCAAAUUCCAGGCUCCAGUAAGAGACGAAGAGUCUGAGUCUCAGAGGAAAGCUCGCUCUCGGCUUUUGCGGCAGUCUCGCCGCUCAACACAGGGUGUGACUCUUACCGACUUAAAAGAAGCAGAGAAGACUGUGGCUAAAACCGCAGAUCCACCUCCCCGCAACAUCCAGCCUGUCAGCCCCAUUGUUACUGUCACGCCUGCUGAAAGAGAUACAGACCCGGUGAAGCAGGAGGAGCCGGAGGGAGAGAAGCGUCUGGGGGUGAAGGACAGGAGGAGAGGGAGGAGGGAGAGACGCUCCACUGGCAUUGUUCAUCCAGGUGGAGAGAAUGAAGAUGACGAUGCUUAUUUGGAUGACACAAACCGCAACAAUACUUCGAAUGAGAGUCAACUGGGAGACUCGUCAGCUGACUACAGAACGUGGUAUUUCAAAGUACUGCAGGAGAACCUGGCUCUGAAGGACAAGCUGCAGGAGAUGGAGCUGCUGCUCAGCCAAAACAAAGUGGAGCUGGAGCAAGUCCGACAGGUCCGGCAGGUUUGCUGCUACAGCUGACCUUUUUAAGAGUGUGUGAGCGUGCGUGUGUGACAUUAUUAACAGAGGGAUGCUAUGUGGGUGCUGGUGUUUGUCUGACUCAGCAUAACAAGGAGUGUGUGUGUGUGUGUGUGUGUGUGUGUGUGUGUGUGUGUGUG